CUGCUACGACUUAAAACCAAUUAAUUUACUGAUUAGAAUUCCCAUUCCAAUUAUAGUUACUUAAUCAAAGUCUAGACCAAUUCUAGAAUAUGUAGCUAAUCAGUUUUCACAUUAUAUUUUCGAAUAGAAUAUUUUUUAAUAUUGUUUUCCCACAACUUGACUUGACCGAAAGUAGUCUACAACAUCCACGCUGUAGAUUCCCGUAGUUGAAAGAAAUAAAAAAAACAGGCCAGUAGUUUUGGAACCUAUUCAAUGCAAACAAGCAAAUCUUUCCCUUUUAAAAUAUAUUAAUUUAAUAGGAAUUGAACAUAUGUUUUAAAGCAUCAAAAUUUUAUUCUUAGGCUCUUAACAUAAUAUCAAGGCAAAGAGCAAAAAUCUUGCUUAUAUUAUUUUGGCGAAAGUUUGUAUUGUAUUGCAUUUCAUUGUAAAUGUUUGUUACUCCUUCACGCAAAAACUAUUGCACGGAUUUUGGUGAAAUUAAGUACACGGAUGGUUCCAAGCCUAGAUAAAUAUAUGGGUUAUCUUUUAUCCCACGAAACGGACAGUUCCCUAUGGAAUGCUAUAAUUAUAAAUUUCAAAUCUCAACUUGCAGAUAUUUUAUACGGUGGCACUGGUUGGAAGACUUUAAUAGAUGAAGUCAAUGAAAUGCUGUUGGUAGCUAAAGUUUCACUCACCGAUGAUAUAGUCUAUAUGAAUUCAUCAAAUCCCCUUGAACAGGCGGUAUCUUUAGUUGCAGUGGGACGGUAUAAAGAAACAGAUUCCUACAGGAUGUAUUUUAAGAACUAUCGGCACAUAGGUAAUGUUUGAGCUAUUAGUUUAUUCAAACUGUGUAAAGUAUUUCAUUCAUGUAGUAGGUAUCCUU